AUGACGGGGGCAUUGAGCAAGCGCCAGCAGGCGCGUAACGAGGCGAUUCUACAAGAGCUGGUACAUUCCGUGCCGGGCAAUGACCAGUGCGCCGACUGCCACGCGCGGAAUCCAUCCUGGGCAUCAUGGAGCCUGGGCAUCUUCCUGUGUAUGCGAUGCGCGACAAUUCAUCGAAAGCUGGGCACGCACAUAUCCAAAGUGAAGUCGCUAAGUAUGGAUUCUUGGACAAACGAACAAGUCGACAAUAUGCGAAAGGUGGGCAACGUUGCUUCUAAUAAAAUAUACAAUCCCGAGAAGAAAGAGCCAUCGAUCCCCAUCGAUGUAGAUGAAGCAGACUCGGCAAUGGAGAGAUUUAUUAGACAAAAGUACGUCAACACCGCCGCUGGUCAGGGUGGGAGGCUCAAGAAACCACAACUGGAUGAAGCCACUCCUCCGCCGCCCCCGCCCAAGAAUUCCAAGUUCGGGUUCAGGUCAGCCUCGUCGAUAUUCCCACUAUCUUCCCGGGCGAAGAAGGAGGCCAAGGCGGCCGCCGCACAGGAGCUUGCGAAUUCCAGUCAUUCAUCGAACCAUGCAAACAAGCAAUCGAAAGUCUUUGGCGCUGCUGUGGAUUACGGCCAGGGCGAUACGGAUAAGAAGCUUGCGAGACUACGAGAUAUGGGUUUCCAAGAUGAUCAACGAAACGCAACUAUUCUGAGAGGAGUUAACGGCAAUUUGGAGCGUGCUGUUGAGGCGCUCGUUCGUCUCGGCGAGGGUGAUGGACAAUCGCCAGGACCCGUCCCGCCAGCAGCUGAGCGAACUUUGCGAACUUCAAGGUCAUUAACGCCCGUGGGUUCGAAUCCUGCAGGACUCAAUCUAGGCUUAAGUGUACCACACAAGGACACGACUCCAGAACGACCGACGACAGCAACGGCAGCGUCCACGAACCCCUUCGAUAUCUUCCCCCCGGCCCAGCCAGCGACAGCCCAUUCUACUGGAACGCUUCAAACCAACAACCCUUUCAUAACCUCGACGAAUCCCUACGGAGCUCCAGCGCAGCAGGCCAACCUUGUCACCCAAGCGUUUCAGAAUAUGUCCUUGUCUCCAGCAGCCCAGUCGCUGUUCCCUCAUCACACUGGCGGAGUGACCUCGCCGCAGCAGCAUCAUCAGUACUCGGUGUAUCAGCCACAGCAAGGUGCUCAGCCGCCAAUUCCUCAACAAUAUCAGAAUCUGGGCUUCCAAAGCAGCAUGACGUACCCUCAGCCUGCUGCACAACCCCUGGCACCUCAGCAAACGGGCUAUAAUCCGUUUUUCACGCAGCCGCAGCCCGUAUUCCAGCAACAGCAGCCGCAGCAGCAGCAGCAGCAGCAGCCGGCGCCUCAGCAAAGUCUAUCACUAAAUACUAGUCAGGCUGCAGCAUAUGGAAACAAUCCCUUCACACGAUCUCCGACCAGGAUAUCCUCGCCUUCUCUCACGCAAAUCCCGGAGCAAUCUCUGCCUACCAUGUUCCAGAGCCCCAUGCCACUACAGCCUCAUUUGACUGGGACAAACCCCUUUUUGAACAAUGGCGUACAGUACCAGCAGCAGCAGCAGCAGCAGCAACAGCCCCAAUUCUUUGGACAACAGCAACAACAGCCUCAGUUCUUUGGACAGCAGCACCAACAGUACUACCAGCCCCAGCGCCAAGAUAAAGCGUCUAUCCUGGCUCUGUAUGGUCAACCGCAGGCAGCACGCCCUACGGCUUCUGAGCCCAAUAUGCACGCACAACCGCCAGCUAUUCCGGAGGAUAGGGUUAUGCCAGCUCAGCCAAUGCAGCCAAUGCAGUCCAUGCAGCCCGUGGCAGCUCCGGCACAGUCACCUUUAGUCACCUCGCAGCCCACUGCGGGUAACAAUAACCCAUUCAUGAAGAGUGGGCCUCCGGUGGCAGCCCCAGACCCUUUUGCCACAGAUCGGAAGAUUAGCAGAGAAAGCAUGAACUUGGGGAUGGACCUGGCAUGGACAAACGGGCGUCAUAGCCCUGAUGCCUUUGCAAGCCUCAGUGCGAGAUAUGGAUGA